AUGGGCUUCGCAUUCAAUGUCCGCAAAGACAAUGUCACCCCUCCAGAAGUGUUCAAUUGGAGACUGUUCUGGGUGAUAUUUGUCGCAGCGGCCGGUUCUGUCAUUUUUGGUUAUGAUCUGGCCUUCAUCGGUGGCGUGUUUUCUCUCCCGUCUUUUAUCAGGCGCUUCGAGCUCCGUGGCCAAGAUGCUGGUGCCAUUCAAGCUCACAUGGUCAACACCUUCCAAGGAGGCGCGUUUUUCGGCGUCAUGAUGUUCUACUACUUCAACGAGCGGUUCGGUCGACGAGUGGCCUUGAUUGCAGCCGGCUGGGUCUUCAACAUAGGCGUGGUGAUGCAGAUGGCUUGUGGCGGCAACAUACCUGUGUUCUACAUUGGAAGAUUUGUCAGUGGGCUUGGAAUUGGCGGCACGACCUUUGUCAUUCCUCAAUUCCUUUCAGAGUCUGCCCCGGCGGUCGCCAGAGGUGGCAUAGUUGGAUGCUUCGAGAUUGGAGUUCAGGUUGGGACAAUAACUGGGUUUUGGAUCAACUACGGUGUGGAGCGACAGGUUUCGCCAGUGGGAGAUCGUCAGUGGUUUAUCCCAAUCGCCUUCCAAUUUAUUCCAGCCUCGCUACUCAUCAUUGGCCUACUAUUCCUUCCUGAAUCUCCUCGGUGGUACUACGCUCGCGGCCGCCGAGCGGAAGCUGAGAAGUCUCUCACCUGGCUGCGAAAUCUCUCUGUGGAGCAUCCCUACGUUGCAGAAGAGCUCGCGGACUAUGAGAGGCAGAUGGAACACGAGCUGCUGAUCACCUCAGCCUCUGGUUUCCGUGCGGUGGUGUCGGAAACCUUCAACAAGAAGAUGAUCCCGCGGCUCAUUCAUGGCUGCCUCUUGAUGAUCUUCCAGAACAGCACAGGAAUCAACGCCAUGAACAACUUUUCUGUCACCUUUUUCCAGACGCUGGGCUUUCAUGGCUCGUCGGCCAAGUUGCUUUCCACCGGCAUCUAUGGUCUCGUCAAGGGCGCCGCCGCAGUCAUCACGUUCUUGUUCUUGGUCGAUCGAUUUGGAAGACGCAUGCUCGUCUUCGUAGGGUCAGCCAUGUGUGCAUUCUCGAUGUACUACGUGGCUGCCUUUACUUCGAUUACGGACUCUUUCCAUACCACUCGAGAACCAAAUGGAGCAAGCCAUUCGGCUGCCGCUUUUAUCUACAUCUUUGGCGCCGGCUACGCCAUCGGCUGGAACCUGCCAUGGAUCAUUGCGUCUGAGAUCUUCCCAACUCGCAUCCGGUCUUUCUGUUUGGUCAUGACAACGUGCUCUCACUGGCUUGGAGAGUUUUAUGUGUCGUACGCAGUGACGUACAUGUUCAAGAGCAUAACAUACGGGACAUUCCUCUUCUUCGGAACCAUGUCCGUCUUGGGAGCUGUCUACAUGUACAUCUUUGUUCCGGAAACAAGCGGUGUGGCGUUGGAGGACAUGGACAUCUUGUUUGAAUCCAAGGGACUUGCAAAGCAGCAGAUGACGGCAUACCAGUCGUACCUGGAAUCUCGGGAGGAGAUCCGAGGGAUCAAGACGGGCGGAAGCGUUGACUUGGCGGAUGAGAAUGUUGAAGCGUCAAAGCAUGCUAGAUAA